UUAAAUCGAUCUUUUGCUGGAAAAGAUUCGAUGUUUAUUGUGCGUUACGCUGCGGGCCAAAUAUCAUUACUGUUGGAAAAUGAUAUUUGGCUGUGGUCCCGUCGUACUGUAGCGGGUGGGGGGGCAUGCUGGUUGCGCGACGCCCCCGCUAGCCAAGUAGCAGGGCAUUUACUAUUAAAUGCAUGAUAAAUUUGAUAUUAAAUGCAUGAUAAAUUUAACAUCUUUGAGUUAACUUAAACUGCCCUAGUGCGUCUCAGAUUGGGAUCCUCUACUAACGAGUACCCUUCCUAAAAUCUCCUCAUGAUAUUUUGGUUUUUGAUUUAUCAAUCAAAGGUCAUAAUCUCCUCGUAAAAAAAAAUAAAAGGAAAAGAAUGCGAUCUUAACCUUCGAUUGAUCAAUCAAAGGCCAACAUGGUGACUAGAGGAUCCCAAUCCGUGCGUCCCACCAUCGUACUCCAUCCCCGCUCCCUAUUUAAUUCCCCAAAUCUCAAAAACCCUCUCCAAAACCCUUAAAAAAAACCCUUCAAAUGGCGCCCAAGGCCGAGAAGAGGCCCGCGGAGAAAAAGCCCGCCGUCGCCGUCGAUGCCGACGAGGAGCCCAAGGCGGAGAAAGCCCCCGCCGGCAAGAAGCCGAAGGCGGAGAAUUAUAGGCCUUUGACAAGUUCAUAUUUGUCCAAUUCUGGUAAUGGACCUCAGCUCAGAGUUGCUUACCAGGGUCUUCCUGGUGCUUAUAGUGAAUCUGCAGCAGCAAAGGCGUACCCGAACUGUGAGGCGGUUCCCUGCGAACAGUUUGAAAGUGCCUUUGAUGCUGUUGAACGUUGGCUUGUUGAUCGUGCAGUGCUUCCAAUAGAAAAUUCAUUAGGUGGUAGCAUACAUCGCAAUUAUGACCUUUUACUUCGCCAUAAAUUACAUAUUGUUGGUGAAGUGAAAUAUGCAGUACGACAUUGUUUACUAGCCAACCAUGGUGUGAAAUUACAAGACCUGAAAAGAGUUCUCAGUCAUCCACAAGCUCUUGCCCAGUGUGAGCACACACUAACGAAGUUGGGAGUUGUUAGAGAAGCUGUUGAUGAUACAGCAGGUGCAGCACAGUUUGUGGCUUCCAACAAGCUUCAAGAUGCAGGGGCAGUUGCAAGUGCAUUAGCCGCUGAGAUCUAUGAUCUGAAUAUUCUUGCUGAGCAUAUUCAGGAUGAUACUGAUAAUGUCACUCGCUUCUUAAUGCUUGCACGAGAACCCAUUAUUCCAUGCAUUGAUAGAAUGUUCAAGACAAGCAUAGUUUUCUCCUUAGAAGAAGGGCCUGGUGUUCUUUUCAAGGCACUUGCCGUUUUUGCCAUGAGAGAGAUCAACCUCACAAAGAUUGAAAGUCGACUUCGGAGUAAAAAGCCCUUCCGUAUAGCUGACAAAGGAGUCAAUGGGCCUCUAAAGUACUUUGAUUAUCUCUUCUAUGUUGAUUUUGAAGCAUCAAUGGCUUCACAAAAUGCUCAGAAUGCCCUUAGGCACCUUAAGGAAUUUGCUACAUUCUUGAGUGUUCUAGGAAGCUAUCCAAUGGAUAUAAGCCACACACGAAGAUAUUUGCAGGCAUAUCAAAGCAGUGGGACCUACUGUUGAUCGAGUAGAGAAUGAAGAUGGAAAGAGCUGCAUGCAAUUGUUAAGAAAAGGAUAUGUUACGACAUUUGAAAUUUUGAAUGGAUCAUAUAGUUAGGUCAGAGCAGCAGAGGGAUGUCAAUUAUCCAGAAUCAUCAUAAUCUUUGGUUUGGAAUUUUGACUUUUUUGCUUCUAAAAUGUACAGCACCUUUGCAGAAUGAAAAAGGAAUGAUCCUUUUUUUUUCAGUAUAACGUGUUCGAAGAAAAAAAAAACCGGGGCGUUGUACUUAUGUCAUCGUGCAUGCUCUAAUGUUAUGCGUAUGAGUCGCCAAACCUGGUAGUAUGAGUUUCUGGAGAUGUUGAAAUCUCAAUGGUUCUAUACUUCUAUGCAAUCUUUAUACUAGGUGGAUAUUUUCGAGAGAGUUUAGCCUUUAUUCUUGAACGCGGAUGGAGUUCUUCCUAUUUAUCGUGGCUCGAUGUCAGGUUGUUGAUUCUCUUUUUAGACGUAUGCCUCUGGAUGACUGAAUCUUAGGACUUUAAGUUCUGCAAUGUAGCCAAAGUGAAAACAUGUUUCUAUAGUAUACUUGAACUCCUCGUUCAUUUUGGUUGCUAAA